AUGAUUUUAAGAAUUCAAUUAUGUACAGUGCAGCCACCAGUGUGUUCAGCCAGUGGCUUACCACUCCCUACCGCCUUCCCCUCCUCCCCCCUGCACCCCAUCCCACUCUUGCUCGCCGCCCUCACCUCCCCUGCUGCCCUGCUGUCUCCCCAUCUCCCCUCCAUCCCAUCCUCCUCUCACCCCUCCCUCGCCUCUCCCACCAUCGCCUCUCACCCACCACACCUUCCUGCACGCCUCUCACGUCCCUUUAACCCCAUACCAGCUCACUCGCUUCUGCUUCGCUGUCUGCCUCUCCUCCCCCCACCUCACACUGACUCCGCUGGAUUCACUUGCACCGCCCUCCCCUGCCAGCUUCCCCCCGCACCCCCCACGCGGGCUUCCGUGCGCCCCCCUCCGCGCUCCCCCUCGUUCCCCCCCACGCGGUUCCCCACCAAUCCCACCUCGCGGACCCCCUCUCGCCACUUGCGCGUGCUCUCCUCCCUUCCCUCUCGCCACUUGCACACGCUCUCCUCCCUUCCCUCUCGCCACUUGCGCACGCUCUCCUCCCUUCCCUCUCGCCACUUUCGUGAGCUCUCCUCCCUUCCCUCUCGCCACUUGCGCGCGCUCUCCUCCCUUCCCUCUCGCCACUUGCGCACGCUCUCCUCCCUUUCCACUCGCCACUUGCGCGCGCUCUCCUCUCUUCCCUCUCGCCACUUGCGCACGCUCUCCUCUCUUCCCUCUCGCCACUUGCGCUCGCUCUCCUCCCUUCCCUGUCGCCACUUGCGCACGCUCUCCUCCCUUCCUUCUCGCCACUUGCGCACGCUCUCCUCCCUUCCCUCUCGCCACGUGCGCGUGCUCUCCUCCCUUCCCUCUCGCCACUUGCGCACUCUCUCCUCCCCGAGGAGAACGAAACAAGACGGUGCAGAGCCGGCGUAG